AUUGUUCUAACGUUUCAUGUCUUUGUUUUUUUCAGGUAAUCUCCGCUCUGUCGAGGAUCUCCCACCACAGCAUUGCACAAAUCAAAGGCAUCAGACCUUUUCCAUCGGAGGAUACUGCUGAGAAUGAGGAUGAUGUGUACCGGAGCCUGGAGGAGUUGGCAGAUGAACAUGACUUGGGUGAGGAUGACAUCUAUGACUGUGUGCCAUGCGAGGAUGAUGGGGACGACAUCUAUGAGGACAUCAUUAAAGUGGAAGUACGACAACCCAUGAUCAGAUACAUGCAGAAAAUGGGUAUGACAGAAGAUGACAAGAGAAACUGCUGCUUAGUGGAGAUUCAGGAAACUGAAGCAAAGUACUACAAGACUUUAGAGGACAUUGAGAAGAAUUACAUGAUCCCACUGAGGCAAGUCUUGAGUCCACAGGACAUGGAGGCUAUCUUUGUAAACCUGGAGGAUGUGAUCAAAGUCCACUUUGCUCUCUUGCGAGCCAUUGAAAUGAACAUGGUCAGUGGAGGAAGCGGCCUGGGGAAGAUCUUUCUCGACUUCAAAGAAAGGUUGCUGAUCUAUGGUCAGUACUGCAGCCACAUGGAGAAUGCCCAGAAGAAACUGGACGAGCUAAUAGCCACACGGGAAGAUGUCAGGAUUAAAGUAGAGGAAUGUACAAUGAAAGUGCAAGAAGGAAAGUUCAAGCUCCAAGAUCUUUUGGUAGUUCCCAUGCAGAGGGUGCUGAAGUAUCACCUCCUACUAAAGGAACUUUUGAGUCACUCAACUGACCGACCCGAGAGACAACAACUGAAGGAGGCUCUGGAGGCUAUGCAGGACCUGGCCAUGUACAUCAAUGAAGUCAAGAGAGACAAUGAGACACUGAAAAAAAUCAGCGAAUUCCAAAGUUCAAUAGAAAAUCUUCAGCAGGUGAAGCUGGAGGAGUACGGGAGGCCAAAGAUAGAUGGAGAACUGAAGGUGUGCUCCUCUAUGAACCGAACAAAACAGGACCGGUAUAUAUUCCUCUUUGAUAAAGUGGUCAUUGUCUGCAAGAGGAAAGGCUAUAGCUAUGAGCUCAAAGAGAUUAUUGAGCUGCAAAAUCAUAAAAUGUCGGAUGACCCGACGAACAACAGAGACAUGAAAAAGUCCUGUGGAAAAAUGUGGUCUUAUGGUUUCUACCUGAUCCAUCUGCAAGGGAAGCAGGGCUUCCAGUUCUUUUGCAAAACUGAGGAAACAAAGAGGAAGUGGAUGGAGCAAUUUGAUAUGGCCAUGUCCAACAUCAAGCCAGAGAGAGCCACAGCUAAUCAGCACAACUUUGAAAUGCACACAUUUGAUAAGAAUACCAACUGUCGAGCCUGCAAGAUGCUCUUGAGGGGCAUCUUCUAUCAGGGCUACUACUGCUCUCGCUGUGGAACAGGAGCUCACAAAGAGUGUCUAGAAGUGAUCACCAUUUGUAAAAUAAAUCCUCUUGACUUGGAGCCUGGAUUAUCACCUGGUCCUAAGAUGGUGGCAGUGAAGAACUACCAUGGCACACCGGUGCCUCCGGGGAAGACCCCUCUCUGUUUCCAAACAGGAGAUUUUAUCGAGCUUCUGAAGGGAGACCCGGAUAUCACAUGGUGGGAGGGAAAGCUGAUACAGACACAAAAGAGCGGCUUUUUCCCCAGUUCCUAUGUAAAGCCUUGUUUGGACCCAAAGCCCUUCCAGUCAUGCCGGUCGUCCUCAAGGGAUGCAGACUACUAUGGAUAUCCUUGGUUUGCAGGAAACAUGGAGCGGCAGCAGGCAGACAACCUUUUAAAAUCCCACUGCAGUGGGACCUACCUUAUCAGAGAGAGGACAGCUGAGGCGGAGAGGUUCGCCAUCAGCAUCAAAUUCAACGAUGAAGUAAAGCACAUCAAAGUCAUUGAAAAAGACAGCUGGAUACACAUCACCGAGGCAAAGAAGUUUGAAAGUCUGUUGGAGCUUGUGGAGUACUAUCAGUCUCAUUCGCUGAAAGAAAGCUUCAAGUUGUUAGAUACCACACUGAGAUACCCCUACAAGUCGAGAGAACGCUCGCUUACGCGGGCCAACACACGCUCACCAGCUAUUAUAAAGCAGACGGUUGGCCCUUUGGAGGGAGUAGUAGCAGCCACCUGUGCAUCCUACAACUUCUCCUUCCUCAGUCCACAGGGCCUCAACUUCUCCUCCUCUCAGAGCCAAGCCCCCUUUUGGUCAGUGUUUACACCUCGAGUGGUCAGCACAGCAGUGGCCAGGUAUAACUUUGCAGCGCGAGACAUGAGAGAGCUGUCACUGCGAGAAGGCGACAUUGUCAAAAUCUACAGCAAGAUCGGUGGAGACCAGGGCUGGUGGAAAGGAGAAGCCAAUGGAAGAAUUGGAUGGUUUCCUUCAACUUAUGUGGAUGAAGAAGGAGUGCAGUAAGGCUCAGAUGUUGCUGGUCUGGCUCCCUUUAAAUCAGGAACCAUCUUCUAUCUACUGUUCUCAGAGAAAAUUACUCAGUCUCUCCAGGAAAAUAACACAAGGGGAAAAAAACAAAAAAAAAAACCAACAAAGAACUUUUUUUGUUGUUUUGCUGGAUACUCAUUUUUCAGCGAGUGUUUCUACUCUGUUUAUCUUCAAUUAUGCAUCAGCUUUUGUCUUUGCUGGAUGUCCUGUUUAAUUUCUGUACAGGGGAAAAAAGGAAAAAAUGGCUUGCUGUCUGUCAGCCUCUGUGUGCUCUGCAGAGACUUUACUGAGGUCUGAGGACACAGCAGAAACUGACUGCUGAUAGCUUUACUUUGAAAA